AACACUCUCAGCUCUCAGAUGAAACUGUUCACACAGCUAUGAUUCAUUUCCAGAGGACCCUAUCACUCACAGCUCCAUCUUCCUCUGCUUCUUCUUCAUUCAUGUUCUCCUACCCUUCAACUUCUUCGGCUCUCAGACUCCGCCUCUCCAUGGCCAAGCUGCAGUGCAGGGCGUUGGAGAAUUGUCCCGGCACUUGCUUGCCGUCUUCUCCAGUUUUGUCAUUGAAUAAGUGCCGAAAUUAUUCCCGGCUUAGGUUUAGAAAAUCCAGAGUUUCUUGCAUGAUCACGUCGUAUGGUGCAAAAGCUGGGCCGACUUUUGCUCCUUUGAGAAGAAGCGGCGAUGUAUUUCAGGGUGCUUUUAGCAUUGAUUCACAGUUAAGACUCAGUGCCGUUAAUGCUCUGGGGACUGCUAAUGUUAUGAGUCGUGGGUUUUUGGGAAAUGGUUGUAGAUCAAGUUUAUUGGAUUCUAGAGUUGGAGAUUAUUCCAAGAGGUUUUUGUCUCAAGUUCCGGAUGUGACAAGUAAAGUAGAGAAUGUGGGCUCCCAAGAUGGCAGGAGGAAAUGGUUCAAAAUGAUUAGCAAUCGCAAGAAAUUGAAAAAGGCAUUGGCUACGCAAAGUGAAACUGAAGCUACGGUUUCGAGCAUCUCCAAAGAUGCUGAUGUUAAAGUUUCAAAUGAAACGCAGGUAGGAAAUGAGAAGGAGGAUGAGAAGCUUGAAUCAUCAAUUUCAAAUUCGCCAAUAAGCAAAACUAAAGAGGUCUCUAAACCAAAAGCAAAAAGGAGGUCGAAAAGCAAGAAAACUAAAGAACAAGAUUCUGCUACUAAUGCUGUGGCAGAUGUUGCUUCCACACAAAGUUCUGAAAGUACUUCUCAAACAAAGAAAUCUGGCAGGAGCAAAAAAGGAGAAAAGUCCGCACAGGAUAAGGGGCUGAGCGCCACCGUGAAGACUCCAGUAGACCUUGCUAAUAGAUCUUCAACUAAACCCCGGCGAAACAAGAAAGGUGAGAAAGAUAGUGAGAAGGAAAAAUCUAUAAACUCAGCUGCCAAGUCACCACAGAAACUUAUACCACAAGAAAUGGGGAAAUUGAAGCCUUAUGGAAAAAUUACAACAAAGCAGUUGUACCCUGCAACUGGGAAAACUGUUGUGGUGGUAGAAUCUGUUACAAAGGCAAAGGUUAUUCAGGGUUAUCUUGGUGAUAUGUUUGAAGUGCUGCCUAGCUAUGGUCAUGUGAGGGACUUGGCAGCUAGGUCAGGAUCUGUGCGGCCCGAUGAUGAUUUUAGUAUGGUCUGGGAAGUUCCAUCUGCUGCCUGGACUCAUCUUAAGAGCAUAAAGGUCGCACUAAGUGGUGCAGAAAAUCUUAUCCUUGCAUCAGAUCCAGAUCGUGAAGGAGAGGCUAUUGCUUGGCAUAUUAUUGAGAUGCUCCAACAACAGGAUGCUUUACGUAAAGAUAUUAAUGUAGCAAGGGUUGUCUUUCAUGAAAUCACGGAGGCUUCCAUCAAAAGUGCUCUGCAAGCUCCAAGAGAAAUUGAUCAAAAUUUGGUCCAUGCUUACCUCGCACGACGUGCUCUUGAUUAUUUGAUCGGAUUUAACAUUUCACCUCUGCUAUGGAGAAAACUACCAAGUUGUCAAUCUGCCGGACGUGUCCAAUCUGCUGCACUAGCUCUUGUAUGUGACAGGGAAAUGGAAAUCGAUAAAUUCAAACCACAAGAAUAUUGGACUAUUGAUAUUGAAUUGAACCAAAACGAACCAGGUUCAUCAGUUAAUGCCAUAUCCUUGCCAGCACACUUGACGCAUUUUGAUUCCAAAAAGUUGGAUCAAUUUUCUAUUAGUUCCCAUACAGAGGCAAAAGAUAUUGAGCAGCAAAUUAAUUCAGAAACUUUUAAAGUUAUCAGCUCUAAGAAAAACAAAUUGCGGAAGAACCCUCCUACCCCUUAUAUAACAUCAACACUUCAGCAGGAUGCUGCAAACAAAUUACAUUUCAGUGCAUCAUAUACAAUGAAGCUUGCACAAAAACUUUAUGAGGGAGUUCAAUUAUCUGAUGGCAAGGCGGCGGGUUUGAUCACAUACACCAGAACAGAUGGACUACACAUUUCUGAUGAAGCAGUUAGGGAUAUUCGCUCCUUGGUCACUGAAAGAUACGGACAGAACUUUGCAUCAGCUACUCCACGCAAGUUUUUUAAGAAGGUGAAGAAUGCUCAGGAGGCCCAUGAAGCAAUCAGGCCCACUGAUGUUCAGAGAUUUCCAUCCUUGCUCAGAGGAAUACUAGAUGAAGAUUCAUUGAAGUUGUACACUCUCAUUUGGUGUCGAACAGUUGCGUGCCAAAUGGAGCCUGCUACAGUUGAGCAGAUACAACUUGAUAUUGGAAAUGCUGGCGAGUCCAUUGUUUUCCGAUCCGCAUGCUCUAGGGUUCAGUUCCUUGGAUAUCAGGCCGUUUUUCAGGACGUCGAAGCUGGAGCAGUCAAAUAUAAAGAAAAUGAAGGGAACAGUCGUGAUGAAGCAUUUGCAAUUCUUGAUUCACUGAAGGCUGGCAGUCCAGUACAUCUUGGUGAAGUCAAACUCAAGCAACACCAUACCCAACCUCCUCCACGCUACUCUGAGGCUUCAUUGGUUAAGAAAUUAGAGGAGCUCGGGAUUGGAAGACCUUCAACAUAUGCAAGCACUAUAAAGGUUUUGCAGGAUAGAAACUAUUUGACAGUGAAAAACCGUGUGUUACAUCCAGAGUUUCGUGGUCGUAUGGUGUCGGCAUUUCUAUGCCACCAUUUUUCAGAGGUCACAGAUUAUAGCUUCACGGCUGAUAUGGAGACUGAGCUUGAUAAUGUUUCUGCUGGCUUAACUGAAUGGAAAGGCCUCCUGAGAGAUUACUGGACUCGAUUCAGUGGUUAUUGUGAGCGUACCAGUAGUGUGACUAUCCAUCAGGUGGAGAAAAUGAUGGAAAAAAAAUUUGGAGACUUCUUGUUUGCUACUCUCCCUGAUCAAAGCAGGACAUGUCCGAGCUGUAAUGAAGGAACUUUGAUCUUCAAAGUGAGUCGAUUUGGUGCAGGCUAUUUUAUAGGUUGUGAUGCACACCCAAAGUGCAAGUAUAUUGCUAAGACAUUGUAUGGUAAUGAAGAAGAAGACGACGAUACUCCAAAGAACAACAGGGUGGAGGAACCAAAAUUGUUAGGUUUAUCUCCCAGUUCCAAUGAAAAGGUUCUUUUGAAGACUGGUCCUUAUGGAUCGUAUGUACAACUUGGUGAAGACAGGAAGGGAUACUCACCUAAAAGAGCCUCUGUAGCACAUAUCAAGGAUGCUAGUUCAGUAACUGUUGAAGUUGCUCUUGAGUUGAUGAAGUAUCCUGUGACAUUGGGGAACCAUCCGACGGAUGGGCUUCCAGUGGUAUUAAAGAUUGCAAGGUCUGGAUACAUAGUUAAACAUCGGCGCACAAUGGCUUCACUUACGAAGAAUCAGCAACCUAAUAAAUUUACUCUGGAGGAUGCAUUGGAACUUCUGUCUGGGAAGAAUACACGGAAAAUUGGUCGACCCAAGGGAAAAGUAAAGGUUGAAGAAGAAGCCAUAGAAGCCAUGUAGCCUACUCCAUCACAGGGAAGUCUGGCUUUGCCUAUGAUGGUGACUUAACUUUUCACAAACCAGUUAAUGACAUGAGGUUGAUAUGAACAUUCAUUGGUGGCAAAUUAUCCCCCUGCCGACCAAAGUACCUGAAAAGGGAUACUGAAAUCAACAACAAAGGUGCGUGUAUACUCCAGCAAUUGCUGCAUAUGUAGAAAUGGGGAUUUGACAGAGCAAGUCUAUAGAUGACCUCAUUCUGUGGACGACAAAAGUAGUAUUUGAUAGCCUGAGAUUGAGAAGGUAAAGACAUCAUUUUACGCGGACAAAAUUGACACAUUGUCUACAAUACAGCUGUAAAUAUCUUUGUUACAUAUCACUUCGAGGGAUUCUGUUUAAAAUAGCUCGGAUCUGGUAGCCGGUUUCAUUUUGGACCACCAUUUUCCGGGUUUGAUGUUAUAGGCCGGUUGAUCAUUGGGUUUGAUUAAAUGGCUAGCUAGAAACUAGAUUCGUUCUCCACCAGUAAAUUCUUUCUGAAGUCUGUAAGUUUAACUUUCACCGUAAGCU